UGGCAGUUUGCAUCAGGCCGCUGUCCCACGCGCAGGUUAAAAAGUUUGCGGCGCAUGCGCUGUGGCUGUCCCAAAACCGCGGGAAAGUUUGACAGUUCGUGAGAAAACUUGUGUGGUGUUUUGUGAAUACGUAAACAAAUGUUCAUUCAUAGAUUCAAUAAUUAAUGUGCGAUCUAGUUGUAGAAAUGUUUUCUAAACCAUGUUUUGCUGACAAAUCAUUUUCUGGUUAAUUUAACCGGCUGAAUUUUAUUGGAUUAUUUCGAGAUAUAUUAUUAGAAAAGACAAAAAAAUGAUGAAGCUCAUCGACCCAAAACGGUUUCUGGCCAGCGUGUUCCCCAUACUGCAGUGGUCGAGGAGUUACGACGUGCGAAACGGCGUCGGAGACCUAAUAGCCGGCAUUACUGUGGCGCUGACGCUCAUUCCACAGUCCAUCGCCUACGCUUCGCUGGCUGGUUUUGAACCGCAGUAUGGCUUAUACGCGUCGCUCCUCGGAGGCUUCAUAUACGCUGUAAUGGGCACAUGCCCUCAAAUCAAUAUUGGGCCAACUGCGCUGCUGUCCCUGCUGACCUUCACGUAUACCAGCGGGACGAAUCCGGACUUCGCCAUCUUGCUGUGCUUUAUCAGCGGCAUUGUUCAGCUGGCUGCUGGCAUCGCACAAUGCGGUUUCCUAGUAGAAUUCGUGUCACUACCAGUAGUGUCUGGGUUCACCUCAGCCGCCGCUGUCACCAUCGCGUCAUCCCAGCUGAAGGGUCUACUAGGCCUGAAGUUCCCAUCGGAGUCUUUCAUCGAUACCUGGGCUGCCGUGUUCAAAAACAUCGGCCAGUGUAGACUGCCAGAUACGCUGCUCAGCUUGGCCUGUUGUAUCGUGCUGUUUGGGAUGAAGGCGAUGAAAGAUAUUCGGCUGAAGGGCGUUGAAGAGGAGAAAGGUCGGCGCAGUUCUGCGAUCCUUCAGAAGUGCUUCUGGUUCGCUGGGGUGGCGAGGAAUGCGGUGGUGGUCGUCUUCGCGGCGGUGGUUGCGUACUGCGUGUACCAGGAUUCGCAAGAACCUUUGAUUCUCACUGGCAAUAUAACGCCGGGAUUACCCAAGCCGCAGCCGCCGCCGUUUUACACGAGCGUGGGAAACAUGACGUAUACGGCGGGGGAAAUGAUUUCCCACCUCGGCUCCGGGCUGUUGGUCGUCCCCAUCGUCGGCAUCAUAUCUAACGUGGCCAUUGCUAAAGCUUUUGCUCGCGGAAAAACUUUGGAUGCGACUCAAGAGAUCAUAGCACUUGGCGUGUGCAACGUGUUCGGGUCUUUCUUCCGCUCGUUCCCGACCAACGGCUCUUUUACACGAAGCGCCGUGAGCGACGCGUCCGGCGUAAGAACGCCUGCUGCGGGAUUCUACACCGGUAUCAUAGUGUUGCUGACAUUGGCGCUGCUGACGCCAUAUUUCUUCUUUAUCCCGCGGGCUGCGCUUGCGGCUGUCAUCGUAUGCGCCGUGUUACACAUGGUUGACUUGGCCAUCAUCAAGAAACUUUGGGCUACGAGCAGAUUGGACCUGAUCCCGUUAUUCGGCACAUUCGUUUGCUGCUUAGCGCUGGGAAUCGAAGUGGGUCUCAUCUGUGGUGUACUCGUAGACGUUCUCCUACUAUUGUAUUACCACUCGCGACCACCUCUGGACGUGAAAUUUGUCGAUGACGGUGACCUACCACCCCACUACGCGAUUCACCCAGUAGGGGGUCUCCACUUCGCGGGUGCCGAAAACGUUAGAUCGAAGCUCGCCGCACUAAGGAACCCCAACAACAAAAUCAACAAGCCGUUAGAAACCCUAACAGUUGUGCCUACUAAUGACCUAGGGAUUAACCCUAGGUUCCCAGAGAAUGGCAACAACGGUGUCGUGGUCAGAUGUAGUACGAAGGCUUCUAAUGUGUUGGUGGUAUACUGCGAUGCUUUGUACAGAAUGGAUUAUACGUUCUUACAGAGUAUAAAAAUGCUAGUAUCGGAAUGGUCACGGAACGGUCGCGUGGUGUGGUGCAACGCCAAGCCUCUCGUCAAGACGCAACUUGACAGCGUGCUUCAAGAGGUGGUCUACUGUAACAGCGAAGACCUGAAGAGGUUCCUUAGUGGUGUAGCUCUGGCCGACGAGGCUGCAAUCGGUGACACCCAUUUAUAGUUUAGCAUGAAUCUAUAUUGAUUUUGCUAAAUGUUUAAAUUAUAAGCAUACAUUACGUUGGUUCGUGCGUUUCUGAAGAUAUGUCGUCUACAGUACUGCUGGGCAAAGCCAUCCCCCAAGGAUUUUCAUACAGACUGGUCCUGCGCUGCCCGCAUCCAGGGUACUUCCCGCAACCUUC